UGGGCCAAUUGUGCYCCACCCGAUGGGACUCCCAAUCACGGCCAGAUGUGAUACAGCCUGGAUUCGAACCAGGGACCACACGGUGUCGGAUUUACAGUACCAUUAGGCAACUAAUGCAAUUGCCUGGGGCCUCAUAACACAAGGGGGCCUCGUGAACUGGGCAUAAUUUUGUUUAAUAAUUAAUUAUUUUUGUUAUCUUCCUCCUCUGCUUAAGGCCCUUCUCCGCUCGUGAGUCAUCACCGAUGUGCGCUAUUAUAACAAACCGAUCGAAUUUGUCUCCAGUUUUUGAACAGUUGGGUCUAUUUGUUAUUACCCCAUGCCUGAAAGCUAUGACAAAACCGCAAUUGAAAACAAUGCAGAUCUUUUUUUCUACACACAAUGAUCACCUAAUGAUCUCCCUGAUGUUUUCCCAAACUUUCCAAUACCUUUCUGAUGCAAAUAUAAAGAAUUACACCUUUCCCAUAUUCAAGUCAUUUGAAAUAUCUUAUUAGCCUUAUGAACAUAGAAACUUGGUUGCAGUUUGUAUCUGUGCUAGAAUGGUUGAAAAGUUCAUAAAAUGAAAUAAUAUAUCAGUAUUGGUCGAUAUUUCAAAGACAAUAUCAGAUAUAGGCCUGUAUUGGCCCAGAAUUCCUAACUUGAAAGUGUAAAAACAGAUAGAAAAGAUGCAAGCUAGAAAUUAUAAUGAACCUAGGACAAGGCUAUAUAUUUUAAAACAACUGAGCUUUUUCUGGCUCGCAAAUUACUUAUGAAUAAGAAAUCUGUGCAGCCCUUCAUUUAYUUUUAAAAUCCCAAUGUGGCCCUCAAGACGAAAUUACAUAUAUUAUUUUUUUUACACUUUAGCAGAUGCACUUAUCUAGGGCAAUUUUCAGUAGUGAGUGAAUGCCUUUUUGUACUUUCUCCCAUACMGGUCCCCUGUGGGAACUAAACCCACAACCCUGACAUUACAAGUGCCAUGCUCUACCAACUGAUCCACAGGGGACUCACCCCAAUUGAGCCAUACGAYACCCACCCRUGUUCUAUGUGGUGAUGCAAAGACCUUUACAAUUGCGGUCAUUUCAGUUAGCAUUUUCAUUCUGCUUUGUUCACCAAAAAAAAAGACCUGGCUCUGAACAGCUCURCAUUCAGUAGCCAUGAUUGCUUUAAAUGGGUGGGUGUCUCACUGGCCUCUACCUGGGGCCUCCAAAUCACUAAGUCCGCCCCUUCACACACACACACACACACACGAAUGAGUCUGUCUGGAUGGCUCCUCAUUAAAAUAGUGGGAUGGGUUUAAAUUCAGAGUUUAGCCUGAUGACGUAGCCUUGGAGUAGCGUCCGCGAGUCAAACGUUUUGGUACAUAUUGUUCACGGACGGUUCUGAAAACUGGAACUGGCAUAAUGUCAACAACUAGAAGAAAACGAGCUUUCCGCGCUUAUUUGUAGCGAGUAGCCUACAACAUAAAGAAUUGGCUGUCACAAAGGGUUGGUCAAGCAAGCUCUGUUAUGAAUUAUUGCUGACCAGGGUGCCUUCAAUCMGUCACUGCAGCAUUUAGUUUACAGCAACAAGGAACACUUUCAAUUCUCCAGUAUUCUAUUCUCAGGUCUAAUCCGAACCACCAAACCCACCUCCCACCAGUCUGAUGUGGCAAGGAAUCGGAAUGGAUGCAUUUCCUGGACGGAGUAAAAUAUGACAUCUCGGGUUGUUUUUAUAUCCGCGUUGCUGCUGUUGUGGUGUCACUGUCGCCAUGCCUUGGGCUCCGGUGAUUCUGGUACCGGGAUAGUUCCGUCUCCAGACCGAUCCGCCGACGGUGCUGACCUGCUCUCUGUGGGAACCAUGGUGGACACACACUCCGCGAUGUUACGUCAGGGAAACACAGACGAGUGUGACAUUGUGAUGAACCUGAGUGCUGCUGAUCGCUGUGCGUUUGUGAAGGCCACUCCAGACUGUAGUAUGGAAGACAGCUUCAUCAACUACCUCAAGAUGGCCUUCUGUCUACUACCACCCAACCUAACACCCCUCACUAUCACACUCUGCAUUAUCUGGUUGUUAAUCUUGUUCAUAGUUCUCGGACUGACUGCGUCAAAGUUCUUCUGUCCCAACCUCUCAGCCAUCUCCUCCAGCCUUCGACUCACACACAACGUGGCUGGUGUGACGUUCCUGGCGCUAGGUAACGGAGCUCCAGAUGUCUUCAGUGCCACUGUGGCCUUCUCCCGUCCACACACCGCUGGCCUGGCUAUAGGAGCACUGUUUGGAGCGGGUAUCUUUGUAACCACGGUGGUCGCCGGGUCUGUGUCAUUGGUCAAACCCUUCACUGUGGCGUCCCGCCCCUUCCUGCGUGAUGUCAUCUUCUACAUGGCUGCUGUCUUCUGGACCGUCGUCAUACUCUACAGAGGAACUAUAUCACUGGGAGAGACACUAGGUUACAUGGGGCUGUAUGUGGUGUAUGUGGUAACAGUCAUUGUGAGUGCCUACAUCUACAGUCAUCAGAAACACUCAGCAACUAGAAGUUCCGUCCAGAGCUCAACACACGCACCAGAGCUACAGACGUCUGAGUCAGACCAGGCUCCUCUUUUAUCUAAUGGCAGCAUCCAGCAGGGCUAUGGUAACAACCACAGUCACUGUGCACAUUCCACUAAGUUAUACCUCUGGGGUGUGCUACGAGAACCAAUCCAGUCGAGUGUGUGUGUGUGUGCGUGUAUAGACAGUGAGUACCGUCCCCUGCUCCCCUACUGUGAGUCGACCAGUUCCAUCCUGCUGAAUUCUCUAAACCCGGUGGACAGCAGGACCUGGAGGAGGAAGACCUGGCGCUGGAGGACUGUGAAAAUACUGAAGAUGCCACUGGAGGUGCUGCUGCUGCUGACUGUUCCAGUGGUGGAUCCUGACAAAGAAGACAGGAACUGGAGAAGACCAUUAAACUGCCUCCACCUUAUCACUGCGCCGCUGGUUUGUGUGCUCACCUUCAGCUCCGGAGAGUACGGUUUGUAUCUGAUCGAGGGUCAGUUUCCUGUCUGGGCGUUGACGUUGCUCUUUGGCCUCUUCCUCUCCGCCAUAGUCUUCCUCACCACUUCUAACGACCAGCCCCCGGCAUACCACUUAGUGUUCUCUCUGCUGGGCUUUUUGGUGAGUGCGAUGUGGAUCAGUGCUGCGGCCUCGGAGGUGGUCAGUAUCCUGCACAUGCUCGGUGUGGUCCUUAGUCUGUCCAACAAUUUACUGGGUCUCACACUGCUGGCCUGGGGAAAUAGCAUUGGGGAUUGUUUUUCUGACAUCACCAUCGCUCGCCAGGGCUACCCUCAGAUGGCAAUAUCAGCCUGCUUUGGGGGAAUCAUCUUUAACAUGCUGAUUGGAGUGGGCAUUGGKUGUCUGAUACAGAUGUUUAACAACGAGCCAGUGGUGACGUUGGAACCAGAGGGUUUGUUGACCUGGGUUCUAGCAGGUUCUCUGGGUCUCUCUCUGGUCUUCUCCUUCAUCCUAGUUCCUCUGCGUUGUUUCCACCUGGGCCGGGCCUAUGGAAUCUUCCUCCUGCUCUUCUAUGCAGUCUUCCUCCUGGUUGCGCUGCUCACAGAGUUCGGCUUUAUCCACACCUGAAGCCUGUACGAGAUGGUUUGGACCAGUCUGGUAGAGCCACCUGUGAAUACUGACCAGACAGUUCGAGACCUGAGAGACUUUCCUCUUCCUGGGAGAGAUGGAGUCACAGCCAAUCACACUGUGCCUUAACGGAGUUGGAACCAAUCAGACUGMGAUUUAACUUUUGUCUGUUUGCACUGACUAUAUUUUUAUAUUUAGAUCGCCAUUAGCUGUUACAUGAGGACCAGCUACUCUUACUGGGGUCCACACAAAACAAUUACACACAUAUACAGAAAUGACAGUAACACACAGUUUUAAAGUAACCCAUGUACUGACAAGGAGUAAAAAAACAAAAAAAA